AUGGCGGCGCCCAGCGCGGCGCUGAGGCAGCGGCGGGGGGCGGCGGCGGGCGGCAGCGGCGCCCCCGAGACUCCGGGGCGGGCGGAGGGCCCGGGGUCGGCGGGCAGCGGGGUUGGCCCGCUGCUGUCGCCGGGUACCUUCUGGCUCACCCGCAUCGUGCUGCUGCGCGCCGUAGCGCUGCUGUACCUUGUGGCCUUCCUAGUGGCAUACCAUCAAAACAAGCAGCUGAUAGGAGAAAGGGGGCUGCUCCCGUGCAAACUAUAUCUGCAGAAUGUCAAGAAGUAUUUCAAAGGGAAGAUAAACCUGGAUGCCCUCAGCUAUGCCCCAACAAUCAUCUGGUUUCUGGACUGGUCAGAUAUGGACAGCAUCUUGGACUACAUCUCCAUACUUGGUCUGGUGAUUUCAGCCUUUGUAUUGAUAACUGGAUGUGCAAACAUGAUCCUCAUGGCUGUCCUGUGGGUCCUCUACCUCUCGUUGGUCAAUGUUGGACAGAUCUGGUAUUCCUUUGGAUGGGAAUCGCAGCUUCUGGAGACUGGGUUCCUGGGGAUGUUCCUCUGCCCGCUCUGGACCCUGUCCCGGCUGCCCCGUUCCACACCUCCAUCCACCAUCGUCAUCUGGGGCUUCCGCUGGCUGAUCUUCAGGAUCAUGCUGGGAGCGGGAUUGAUCAAAAUUCGAGGGGAUCGCUGCUGGAGAGACUUAACUUGCAUGAAUUACCACUACGAGACCCAGCCUGUGCCCAACCCCAUCGCCUACUUCAUGCACCGCUCGCCGGGCUGGUUUCAUCAGUUCGAGACCCUCUUCAACCACUUCAUUGAGUUGGUGGUGCCCUUCUUCAUCUUCCUGGGACGAAGGAUGUGCAUGCUGCAUGGCGUUCUGCAGAUCCUUUUCCAGGUGCUGCUGAUCAUCAGUGGGAACCUGAGCUUCCUCAACUGGCUGACCAUCGUGCCCAGCAUCGCCUGCUUCGAUGACCGCAGCCUGGCAUUCCUGUUCAGCCCCGGGCGCGGGGGGGUGAAGCAGCGCGUGCUGCAGUUGCAGGGCAGCAGCCAGCAGCCCCCUCCAGGGCUCGGCUGCCACAUCCGCAGGGUGGUGAACAUCUCCUUUGGGCUCCUGAUCGCCUACCUCAGCGUGCCUGUCGUCAUCAACCUGCUCAGCUCCAGACAGGUCAUGAACACCUCCUUCAACCCCCUCAGGAUAGUCAACACCUAUGGAGCUUUUGGAAGCAUCACCAAGGAGAGAACCGAAGUCAUCCUUCAGGGAACAUCCAGCCCGGACCCCAACGACCCUGCUGCUGUCUGGCAGGAGUUCAACUUCAAGUGCAAGCCUGGGGACCUGUGGCGACGGCCAUGCUUCAUCUCACCCUACCACUACCGCCUGGACUGGCUGAUGUGGUUCGCGGCCUUCCAGACCUAUGAGCAGAAUGAGUGGAUCAUCCACCUGGCAGGGAAGCUGCUGGCCCAGGAAGAGGAGGCCUUGUCCCUGAUGGCAACGAACCCAUUCGCAGGCAAGGAUCCCCCACGGUGGAUCCGAGGGGAACAUUUCAAGUACAAAUUCAGCCGGCCUGGAGGAACGCACGCUGCAGAGGGCAAGUGGUGGAUUCGGAAGAGGAUCGGCCCCUACUUCCCCCCUGUCAACCUCCAGGGCCUGAGGAAGUUUUAUGAAGACAGGAAUUGGCCGUACCCAGUGCGGGACUGAUGGAGGGGAGUGAGACAGGUCCAGAGUGACCAGCUGGGAGAGCUGUCAGCUCCCUUAUAAAUCACACUUCUUCCCUAUCUCAGUUUUUUUUUUUUUUAACAUAUCCUUGUUUACACAUAUUUUACAGGAGGUUUCCAGCCAACCUGUCCACCUGCUGCCGUGGUCUGGUUUUUCUCAUCUUUCUCUUCCUUUCUGUUUGUCUUUCUCCUCAUGGCCUUGCCUGAUGAUUGAUUUCUUUUGUCAGGCUGCUCCAUUAGAAAAUCAUCAGCUCUAGAGUCAGGAAAAAGGUGAACAAAUACUAAGUCAAGUUAAUAUGUCCAAUUUGGCACAUUUCAGAUAUGCAACAAGCAUUUGUGAAGUGGAUUUUAAUAGUUCUGCUGAUGCUGGAAUUUCACUUUAUUGCCAGACAGACCCAAAAUGGACAAAAAUUAUCAAAUGUAUUUAGGGGGAAAGGUUAGCUAAAAGUAAAGCCUCCCUCCCCUUUCUCAGUGCUGUCUACUUUACAAAAAGCUCUCAGGGCCACACUCAAGACUCACACAGAUGUAAAUCUGUGCAUUUUAAGACACUUCUAACACUGAGGGGGAUUUUGGUGUGAAUGUAGACAGUGAUGCAGCCGGAGGAGCAGUUCCCUUCGCAGUGCAUCUCGCUCAGAGGAGACACUGGGCUGGCACAGGGCGCUGCUCCACCAUCGCAUCCCACCUUGUCCUAACUUAUCCCUGUCCCAUCCUAAACCAUGCUCAUUCCCAUCCCAUCUCAAACCAUCCCAUCCCAAUCCCCACACGUGCUGUCAGCACAGAGCUCACCCCAACCUCAGCCAAUUCACUGAGCCAUUAAAGCUGUUUUCUUCCAAAUAUUCCUGUCUUUGCCACCUUCAGCAUCACCCUGGGAAGGGCCUGCUCAGCACUCCCUAAUCGCAGGUUAGUGAUCUGCAUCUGGAGCUGCAGAUCCUGGAGCACAGAGGGAACUGUCCCUGGGUUGGGGGAACCCUGUGUGGGACAGGUGGGGUGAUCCUGCAUUUCUGUCGUUCUUUACUCCUGAGCCUGCCCUCCUCCUGGUUUGAGUUUAAUGUCACCCCAAAUGGUCAUACCAUGCGGGUGCAGCUCGGUGAGCCCACACCAGGAACGUGGGGGGAAGAUGGGAACAAGCAGAGCACGGACAGCUUCUGGAAGCAGUGGGUUGUGGCAAUAAUUGCUUUCUUGUUAGCACAUUUUGCUGCAGACAUUUCUUCUUGAAGGGAAAAAAAAAGUUCAAAGCGAUGUGCGUAACGCAUAAAAACCUCUAGCCUCGGGAUUGCCUGCAGAAAAACCACAGGUCUGCUGAGAAACCCGAAAUAGCUCCAUGCUGUGUGGGCUCCGUGAGUCAGCGGCUCUGCCCCGGGACAAGCGCGGCCCUAUGCGGCCCCCAGCCCGCAGCGCCCGGCUGGGCCCAGGCUGGCUGUGAGACAGGGCCCGCUUUUAGGAGGCAGCUGGAGUCGCCGAGUCUGCCGCCAGCUCCGCCGCGCUCAAACGGGUUUUGUUUGAGUAGGCCCCGGCCUGGCAGCGCGGCCGCGCUGGGCUGCUUUUCCUGUUUGCUUAGCCCAGGGCUUCAUAACAGGCUCUUUCUCUCAGUCUGGGCGCUGGCGGAGCUCGGGGCCCGUCCGUGUUGUGCUCGGGGAGCAGCCUGCGGCCUGCGCGGCCUUCAUGCCCGGAGCUGCGCGGCCUGUGCCUGCAGGUCAGGGCUGUGGCCUCGGCCCCCCCGGGGGAUGCCAGCACACAAAGAGGCUUUCAGCCACCCGGUUCGGGUCAGCACAAGCCACGGGCAAAGGGAUGAGCAUGGCUCUGAAGUAGGUCGGUGCUCAUAUGGCCAACAUGAAGGCCACGUGGGGAUGGAUGGCAGCUUUGUCCCUGCGCUGUCUCCUGAGCUCAUCUGAUCCAGACCGAUCUGUUCCCUCCUGGCACAAGAAGCUCAGCAUUGUGACCAAGUCCAGUUUGGAAGGAAAAGCAUCGGAAAGGAAACCUGCAGGUCUCUGCAUGCUGGCCAAACACAGGGAGGGAAGAGAAGGUACAGGCUCAGCCACCUCGCUUCCCCAGCACAGGCAGGAGUUUCUCCAAAAAAUAGCUCGUUGUAAGGGCAUUUUCUGCAGCCUUCCAACACAGACCUGCUUAUAGGCAGUGCAAGUUUGCUUCUUGACUUGGAACCAGAGGCUGAGAACCAGCACCGAAAAAGCCAGAACUGAAACCAGGAGGACGAGAAGCUUUUGCUUUCUAUCCCCAGCUCAUUGGAGAAGUGUGAGCAUCGCGAGGUGCAUGAGUGGUGUGCGAACCCAGAACAGAGCCCGACGUGCUGCAGUGGACACGGGGUGGCACCACCGGACCCCACGGUGGAUAUCAGCAGGAGGAGAUUUCCAUUGGUGGAAGGUCUCGGCCUGAAACUGAAGCAAAAUCACACCUGAAACAGAGAAAUCCAGAGCAAGACACACAGUCCUGCUGCAUGGAGAAAGCUCUGACCAUCACCAGCCCAAGAAAUGCCCUGGCUGCAUUCACACCCAGCACAAGGCUACGUCCAGGGGAGAUGCCCCCACUUUUCAGGAUGAGAGGCUUGGAAGGAGCGUGCUGGGAAGUUCUGCAAGAAUUCCGUGCUUUCCUCCUGGAGGUGCAGCAGGACGGAGGGGCCGUGGGUGCACGUUCUGAACAAUCCGGAUGUUUUUUGGGCAGCUGCCCAUCCUUGCACCCAUCCAGCAAAGCUGGGCAUUGGUCCCCAUCCUAUUGUGAGUGCCUUGGGCUAUGAGGUAAUGCACUGCCUCGUGGAGCCACUGGCAUUUACCCAGGAAAAGAUGCAACAUGCCAUGGAACAGCACUGCAGAUGGAUCCAAGACCUUCCAUCACUGCAAGUGUGCAGGAACAUCACAGCCAGGAUGAGGAGUGUCACUGCACAGCUCAGAAGAAGGGAUGCCUCUGCCCACCCCAGUGCCAGCAGGAAUUUGGCUGGGAUCUGGCACCCUUGGACCUGGGUGCUUCUGGGACAUGCACAACCUUGGGCAAAGUCAUCAGAAAGCAAAGCCUUGCCUUGGAGAGAAGUGUUGAACCAGGACAGCUCAUCUGUGAAGGGGGCAAUGGCACAGGGACAGCUUGGAGGAGGGCAGGGACUGGAGGCUUUGGUGAACUGACAGCAGAAGUGGCAGUGGGGACAGCUGCUGCUGACUCUCAUGGGGGUCUCUCCCAUCCGCAUGGGGCAGCCAUUCCCUGUCAAACCCAGGCUGUAGUCUCCAGAUCUCCACAGACACGUCGGCACCAGACCCUUGACUGGGAUGAUUUACACAGAGCUCCCCUUUUCCCUUGCACUGCAUCUCCAAAAGGUGAGCAUCCCUGGAGGGAUUUGCUGCGUGCCAUGAAAGCACAGUGACUCCAGGUCUGCUGGAUCAAAGGAAAGGAGCGGGAGAGAUGUGAGCAUCUUUCUGUGACACAUUUCCAUCCACCACGUUUCUCAAAGAGCCAGCUUGCUGUUCCCAAGACUCAUCCUGACAGCCAAGUUUGUCUCUAAACCCAAUGGGUUUCCUUGGGUUUGAUUCCAUCUACCGAUCCCUUCUGGAUGCCAGAAGUGCCUCCUCCAGCCAGACUUCCCUGCUAAUUGUCCUUAGGAUUGGUUUGGAAAAUCGCAUAAGCCCUGGGUUAGGGCUGGCUGCAUCUCUCAUCCCGGUGCCUAAGGCUUCGUGGGGCAAGGACUAAAGAGCUGCGAAACGCAGAGAUAUAACAGAUGUUGACAUGUAGUGAAAAUACGAGACGCGGGAGCCUAAGAUAAUAAAUCUGAAAAAUUAACACGUAGGAGAACGAAAAAAGGAGCAAUAUGUUUUGGUAAUCAUUCUGAACUGCUGAACCCUUCUCCCGCAGUUCAAAAAUCUCUGGUAUUAAGCAGAUGUCAUUCAACCGAUGAUUAACACAUUACCGAAUUUCUCCAGUCGUUUAAUAAAAGUUUUACAUAACAUGCA